AUGCUCGACUCAGACCUUGCUUUUUUAGAUCCCCUGUACGGAAGCAGACCUAAUUGGCAACAGUGCAUUCUCGCUACGCUCGAAUAUGCCCCUGCUGCGUUGAGGGAUAACGAAGCGGCUAUCAAGAGCUUGACUGAGAGGAUCGACGCCAGCAGCCAGCAGAUCAUCGUUUUGCAUAAGAAGACGAACCGAGAACACAAGGAUUUUGCUAAACUGCAGAAUAGCGCUGGACGUAGGCUGUGGGUCAAGAUCAAGCAUGGAGGGAAGAAGGACGCGGUAGAGAAGAAGCUCGAGAAGGAGGAACGCGAGUUCCUCGAAGCGCUCGAGCAGGAGCAAGCGGCCGAGGAGGUCAGAGCGGCAAUGCAAACGGAGAAGGACAGCUUAGCAAGCAAGGUGUGUUCCCCUUCCGUGCGCGGGAGACGUAUCUAA